AUGUGAGAUCUAAUGGAAAGAGCAUGCAUUUCGUCUGUACGAUGACCGUGUGUGUCCAGCAGAAACUGACACUGUUUGUCCUUCUACUAACAGUAACCGAAUAAAUCCGUUUAUUUUUUGUAGCAUUCCGGGUGGGUCUUGUCGUCUCUACGGAUGACGGCAUUCUUUUUCGGGCUUUUUUGCUGAUUGAGAGACUGUGCCCAGCAACUAGUGGAUUGCAGUUUCAUAGUUCCCUUUCAGUUUGACUUGAUUAAAACAGGAGCGAGAAAUCUUGUUCACCUCAUAAAGAGAAAAAACUGUGAGAUGCCACAUUUGCUUCGGUAUCACCUGAAGACAUGUCGUGUAACUACGACCCGCCGGAGGCCAGCACUCCGGACAGCGACAGCCAGACAAACAGCACAGCAUCCGGAGAGACCUCGCUGCAAAUCGAAAGGAAAACAAAUGUCAAAGUUUACCUAAGGAUGAGACCAACAACUGAUGUGACAGAGCUAUUGGAAUUUCGAGGAGGCCACGGCAACAUUCUGGUCGCUCGUCUCCCUCGAAAAGGGAACGAGACGUCCCCGGGGAUCGUUGACAACAGCAAGCAGGAGCACACGUUCUACUUCGACGGCAUUUUCUCUAUGGAAACACCCCAAGAAACCGUUUUUCAGACGGUCGCAGUUCCUGUCCUUGAAGGCCUUAUGAAUGGAAUCAACGGUACUAUUUUUGCUUACGGCCAAACAGGCACUGGGAAAACGUUCACAAUCACUGGCGGGGCGGAGAGCUACAACGAUCGAGGAAUAAUUCCUCGUGCUUUGUCCUACAUUUUUUCUCGGAUGAAGCGGAACGGACUGGUACAAUAUAGUGUUGCCAUUUCGUACUUGGAGGUCUACCAAGACAAGGGUUACGACCUGCUUACAAAAGCUCAGGUCGAUGCCCGUCGCCUCGACGACUUGCAGAAGGUUGCUGCGAGCGAAGAUGAAGACGGAAAUAUCAUUCUGCGCGGGUUGUCUGUCAACCCUGCCCCCACUGAGGAAGAAGCCCUCCAUUUGCUAUUUCUUGGAGACACUAAUAGGAUAGUAGCCGAGACGCCUCUUAACGAUUCGUCCACUCGAUCUCAUUGCAUCUUUAUCAUAUGGAUCGAGGCACGAGAGCCUGGUUCUUCAGUCAUAAGGAGGUCAAAGCUGCACUUGGUGGACCUGGCAGGGUCUGAGCGCGUCAAGCAGAGCGGCGUCCAUCCUUGCGACACAGUUUUCAGAGAGGCCUGCAGCAUCAACCUCGCUCUCCACUAUCUCGAACAGGUCAUCGUGGCUCUUCAUGAAAGGGCACAGGGCCGUCGCGUGCACGUGCCAUACAGAAAUUCCAUGAUGACUUCUGUCUUAAGAGAUUCCCUCGGCGGAAACUGCCAAACGGUCAUGGUGGCAACUGUAACACCAGAGCAAGAUUCAAUACCAGAGACUGUGUCGACCUGUAGGUUCGCACAAGCCGUUGCUCGAAUAGAGAAUCAGGCAAGUGUGAAUGAAGACAUCGAUCCGAAACUGCUGAUAAAACAGUUAACGCGGGAGAACGGUGAGCUGCGGGCGCAUCUUCAAAUCCUCAAAUCUCAAGGAGGAAGCACACUCAACUUUGACAGACACCUCAGCGAGGAAGACCAGCGGAGAUGCGAAGAUUAUGUCGAUGAAGAUCCAGAGGCUCAACCGCUGCUUGGUCCAGACGUGUGCAAGAUCCGCUUCGCCUUCAAAAUAUUCCGCGAUCGGUGUGUCAAGCUGAAGAAGCAAUUGCAGGAAGUAUCAUCCACUACUCAAUCAGGCAGCUGUGGCGCAGGAACAAAUGAGCGAAUAUCGCAAAGGCACGAGGAAGGUGCGGGGGACAUCUACUAUUUGGCACCCGGGUCGCAGGACGCUAACGGGAACUGCCAGCUGCGAAAUGCUGUUGCCAAGCUCAGGCUGCAUAUACAACAGCGAGAUGCAGAAAUCGCUAUCCUGAUAGAUAUGUUGAACAGAAAUGGAGUCCGUCCAGGGAAGGAAAGGGUUAACGAUGCUGUCGCACAUCCGCAAUUGGCUGAGGGACUGCCGCCAGACUGCGGCUCGUGGGAGGUGUUUAAAGUCACCGGUAAUCCGAUGAAGGAGAAUCUGUCGUCGUGUGACGGUGCGAAACCAAACAAUACCUCAUCUCGUGGUGGGGACUCGCACCAAGAUAUACUUUCGUUGACCGAUGAUAAAGCCACUGCACUCCUGCUGGAUAGAGGUCGCAGUUUCGAAGACUUCAGACGAAACGUCAGAAGGACCAGUAUUAUUGCAGAUAACCGGGUCCACCUCCAGGAGCUAUACGGCAAGGCGAAGUGUCUCGCGAAACAGGCAAACGAAGCACGCGGCCGUGUUAUCGAGGAGAGGAACAAGUUAUGCCAACUGCGCGUGUCACAAAUGAACGGUUCAGAGCACUGGGUCACGGAACAGGUCAGGUAG